AUGAAAUAUGUGUUUAACAUUGCGUAUAAGAUCUGCAAAAUUAUUUCUCGUUUUACGGGUCGCAAUGUGGACCUAAACAAGAUUGAUAUUUCGAGAGCACGAACAGUUAUUCCCAAUCUUUUUUAUCAAUCCUUUGCAAAUAACCUGGCAAUGUAUUCCGGUUUACCGGAGCGUGGAUAUUAUGAUUUUAAUGAGAAGAAAUAUGUGUUCAUUCAUCCAUCGUCAGCUUUGAAAUACAUUGACACAACUCCGGAAUUUAUUGUUUAUGAGUAUUCGAUAUGUACCUCAAAUGAUUUCGUAUUUAAUGUGUGCGCUGUGGAUCCCUCUUGGUUACAUGAAAUUGAUCAUUAUGUGUUGGAAGAGGUAAGAAAGAAUAAAUUAGUACCGUAUAACAUUAGAUGUGGAAUUACUACGAAGAAUUGGAUUAUAUCGCAUAAAGAUAUGCUUGAGCAAGAGGUGGGAGUGGAAUGUGUUGAAAAGAAGAGAUUUAAUGAUCCAUAUCUCAGACUUCAGAUUUAUACUCCAGUUAAAGAUCUCCCAAAAUUAAAGGCAUUUAUUGAUCGAAUUAUAGAAGAAAAAAUGGAUUUAUUGUGUAGGAAAACGAAAGAAGUGCGAAUAAUGCAUGCAAAUUACAUGUUGCAUAUGUCUGGUAGUGGUACACCUCUGGAAAUUUUAAUGCCCGGUGAAUUCUGCAGUAUGUAUGUUGGAAGAGAUGAUAUUAACUGGGCAGUUGAUGUUGCGUAUCGAACGAAAGUGGAAGAAUAUUUCAGCAAGUUUGGAAAAAUCACAGAAUUCAGAAACCAUUGCGAUUUCAAUAUUGAACCUUAUUUUGGACGAAAUUAUCUGAACAAAGAAGGCACCUACCAUCCAUCUGCUUACCGAUUACUGAUUAAGUGGUGGCGUAGACCCAGUAAUGGUUAUGGUGAAGUAAAGUUAAAAUCUCAUGAUUUCCAACUAAGAACCUACGCUUUCAACGUGCUUUCAAAACAUUUGGGUCGUUUUCAGCCUUCAUUGCUAUCAGAAAAUGUGGUGGAACAAGACCCGAAUUUAAGCGUCGACGACUUAUGCAGGAUACAGCUGCGCUCUCUUCCACUAGAUAUUGACGAUAAAAGAUUGCUUCAUAUUUUGAGACCAAUACUGAAUGAGUAUGAUAUAGAGUUCGAUGAAAUAUAUGUGGUACGAAAGAAGAAAUAUCCUGUUGAAAGCGAGAAAGAUUUAGAGGAGCUUUCUCAACGAAUCUCUAAUCAUAUUAUAAGAGUUGCAAAGAAUGCAGUAGGUAGUAAUGGUCAUCCAUUCGAAGUUAAGAUACGCACACCAAAACAUAGUGGUGAAAUUGAAUUUAUGGCAUUUGUUCUCUUCAAUGAUAUGAAUAUUGGGAUACAUGUGGGUAAUGCAUUGAAAGAAGCAGCGGAAAAUGGCAUAGUUUUAGAAAUGGGAUCAGGAAACUAUAUGCACGAAGCUUAUGUGCAACAAAUGUUUCAUUACCAAAUGAAAGUCCCAAUAAUUCUCUUCAAAGCCAUUUUUGAUGAUUUGAAAGAUAUUUAUAAUGCAAUCGAUCAUGAACACACUCAUUUUGACUAUCGCAAUGAUACGUACAACAAAAUGUGCCAUCUCUUCGUUUCUGGGGAAAACUUUGAUUAUACAAACAAAGUGAAAGCCGCGAUUGAUAAGGUAAUCGACGGAUAUACAAUCAAAUGUAAAGAUGGUGAAAGAGUAGACAAUGCUGAAUUACCCUGUCAUCAGUUGCUUACAAAAACUGGUCGAAAUUUUCUGUACAAUCUGUCACAAAAAUAUGUAAUAUUCCUGAAUACAUCUCCUUAUAAGAUGGAAGUGAAGAUUCAAGGAAGUGUUUUCAAUGUCGAAAGGGCUAAAACAGAAAUCAAGCAUUUCUUACGAGAAUGGUUGGAUGCAGACUUUAGUCACAUUUUGAUUCUACAGCCACCAGAUUAUCAACCAGGAACAUUGAAAACUCUUCUAGCUCAAAAUGGUUAUGAUCUUUAUUCACUGGAGAAGCAGUUCGGUCGUGGCUUACAUUUAGAUGCUAACAUUACUAGGCGCGAACUGUUAUUUAUUGGCAAGGAAGCCCAAUUCCAGGAGCUUUUAAAGAUGCUGCGUUCUAUUUCUGACAGUAUUCAGUCGAGUAAUUCCUCAGAGAGUUCUUUCAAUGAAAUUGGGGCACCGGUCUGUGUUGUUUGCCUUUGUACGGCAGAUUUGGAAAAUUACUGCUUAGAGGCAUGCGGCCAUUAUGCAUGUAAAUCGUGUUUAAAUAUGCAGCUGAAGGCAUCAAUUGAAGCACGUAACUUUCCAAUUGUUUGUGUUGCUUGUGAGAAACCAUUUACGUGGUCAGAUCUGGAAGUUCUUGUGCUUGGAGACUUAGAUCGCAACAAAGAUGAAGAUUCGGAGAAGUUGCAGUCAUUAUCAGAUGCAUCUCUGGCUUGUUUCGUUGAACGUCAUGGAGAUCUGUACAAGCACUGUAUAACUCCUGAUUGUCGAGGAUUACAUUGUGUCACAGCCGAUGCUGGUUUGGGUAAAUGUAGUUUGUGUGGUCGUGUACAGUGUACUAGAUGUGGAAAGGAGGAACAUGAAUCAAUAACAUGUGAGGAAUACGCAAGACUAAGAGUUGAUGCUGAUGAAUCGGUGAGAAAAUGGAUACAAGAGGAUCAAGCUAGGAGGCGAAUAUGUCCAAAUAUAAAUUGUCAAACUGUCAUUGAAAAGUUUGAAGGAUGCAAUCAUAUGCAAUGCUUGCGAUGCAAACAACAUUUUUGUUGGGUUUGCAUGUUUUCUGCUGCAGAAAGCAAUGAAAUUUAUGCUCAUAUGGAUGCGGUGCACGGUGGAUCAGGAGCUGAUAUGCAUGACUUGAUGGAUGAAAUGGGAAAUGAUGCGCUUAUUCGUGAAUUAAAUGAGAGACAGUAUCCGGCGCUAUUGUUAGAUGAAAGGUUCAACUUCGGCGAGGAGGCGGAAUUUUGGGUAAUGCCUGACGAAGAUAAUGAUGAUGAGGCGCAGGCACUGGUCCUGGAUGAUGAUCAAAAUUUCCAUUUUUUUUGA